AGAUUCAUACAUCUUCAAGACAAAAAGCUUGAAACUAAAACAGUGUGAUAGAUCUGUUACCACAAAUAUUUGUCAACAAUAUCUUCACCCUACAUCUUUUCUCGCAAAAGCUUGCCUUUGCAACACCAGACCAUUUGCUAGGCAAGGCUAACUUCAUUGGACUUUGGUUCCCGAGACUCUCCAAGCGCAGUAACUGUUCUUACUAAAAAUUGCUAUAACAUUUUAGCAGUGGCGUCCCUUAGCCUAGAUCUAGACUAGAAGAAUCUUGCUAGGCCUAGGCUUUGUUGGCCAUCCAGUCCGCAACGCUCACUCAACGCUUAAAUUUUGAACGAGGAAGUGUGGUCAAGCAUAAAGUGUGGAGGUUCGACACGGAGAGAAAUGCUUUUUGCUAUCCCAUUUAGUAUUGUUUCUUUCUCAUAAGAGUGGCUAGUGUGCUUAGCAAAAAGAAUCCAUCUUUCUCUCAGAAAUGCCCAACAGUGCGUAUUAGUCCUGGCUUAUCUUUCACUUUCAGUGGACAGUUAUUAAGAAAAACAUCUCUAUGGCUAGGUGUUUUUUGAGCAUUGGAGCCAUCUUACUGGUAUCAGCACUGCCCAGUCAGUCUGAUGAUGCGUCAAACAAUCCUCGUGGCCACCUUCAAAAGCUAGGUGCUCAUAAAGACCCUCAGGGCAUCACUAUGAAUGGAAAGUUCUCGGACCCCACUGUUUUUUACGUCCAUUUUGUGAGACCAGGGAAACCAAUUUUAAUGAGAGGGGUCCUCACAGAUGUUGAUCACCCCGGACUGACUCAAUGGACGGAUGAAUAUUUUAAAAAUCUUUAUGGAGAUAAAGUUGUCAAAGUUGAGACCAGCAAAAAAGAAAGAAGGGGUAAAGGUCCAACAUGGCUACCCUUUCAGCAGUUCUUGUCUCGUUAUCUCUCAGAAGAUUUGUACAUGGUGCAUUCUUUGGACAGAGUGAUGGAAGAUCUGGCCCUUGUCCCUCCCUCUCUUCAGUGCGGUGGUAUCCACAAACUGUUCCAAGAGGCAGUCCUGUGGAUGGGCAGCGGAGCAACCCGAUCAGUGCUUCACUAUGACGACCUGGACAACUUUCUGUGUCUGCUGGACGGCCACAAACGCUUUGUCCUUAUUGACAAGGUUUACAAAGAGGAUGUUGAGUCUCAUGGCUUCAACCAGGAUGGUGGCUACAGCACUGUGGACGUGGACAGUGUAGACAUGAAAUUGUUUCCAAACUUCCAGAACAUUCCAUGGCAUGAGGUGUCACUGAACAAAGGAGACUGUGUCUUUAUCCCGAGGGGGUGGUACCAUCAGGUGACCUCCAGUAACUGGAGACAUGUCGCAGUCAACAUCUGGUUCUCCCAUCCCUACUGGUUCAAUACGACGGACUGUCCUGAGAAGAAGAGCCCCUUCAAAUUGUUGGAACCAAUUUCCACUUUUGGUUUUGCCUCGCCAAAUGAAGUGUACAGGACCAAACUGCUGGACAUUUUACAUGACAAGGGCUUGAUGGCAAAGCCAGUCUUCAUGUCAGCUCUGGACACCAUUACCGAGGAACGAAAGGAAAAGUUCUUUGCUGCUAUCGACAAGUACAAAGAUACGGCACUUUCAUGGAGUGAACUGUAUGGUUUUGAUAUUGACAGAGCGAUCUUAAAGUUUCCAGACAUCUUUGGUCUCCCGGGCAAUCCUGUUGGGGAUGAAAGUGAGGAAGUUAUUCUGUAUACAGAGAUUGAGGAGAUAGCCGAUGCAGAAUCAAUGGAUGAAGAAGGUGAAAGUGAAGGAGUGGAAGAAGAAGUGCCAGAUGCCCCGGUAGAACGUUCUAGUCCAACACGUAAUGACUUGCAUGAGAGUAUAGAUGAACCAGACAGUUUUACGAAUGAAGAUUCUGUGUUUGACGAAGGAGCUCCUUCGAAACCUCUUCCAGAUGACCCAGUGCUACAUCUCAAGAGUACUGAUGAGGACAGCAGUGUGGUCAAUGACAUAAAUGAUAAUGAUAUUGAAGAUGGUGAUGACGAUGUGAUCAGUGAUGAUGCGGCAAGGCUCCAGUCUGAGCAGAUGAGAGCGGAGAACGUGGAAAAUUCCGAAUAUACUCAGACUUCAAAACGAGAUGAAUUGUGAAAAUGUUGAUGUAUGAUCAUGUCUGUUGCAAGUAUGUUAUACAGGGUGUCCCAUACUCAAUGACGGCCCCAAAAAAACUGAUU